AUGUUCGUCAUCGAGCCACUUGCCAUUGUGAUGUCCCUAAUUGAUAUAAGGAUGAAUCAUCAGCGUGCUAAUCUCCCAACUGAUUUUCAAGCAAGAGCCGCCUUGGUUGUCUGUUGGUUUCUCGUUGACCUUCAGCGUUUCACUCCAGUGGAAUUGUCUACUCUAGAGGAACCAUUUUCCCGGAGGGACACCAACAUAACCGAGCUACUGAAUUCCUUAGUCAAGUCCAAUGACAUUAUGUGAAUCCCUAAUGUGUUUGAAUACACCAACUUUCCUACAGA